AUGGCUGCGGUGCUAUACAUUGGCAGGGCAAGAAGGCUGUGCUGGUCUUACAACCGUCGGCAGUCACUCAGAGGAAACGCCGAGGCGCACACUCUCGCCCGAGAACUUAGCUGCCGAGCCGAGAGAGUGACCCACCUCCCUGUUUUCCCUGACACUAUUAGUUCACGCGCGUUUAUACUCACCACGUACACAGAUAUCCUCCAGUACUACCGACUCAAAAGAUACACGUAUCCUCCCGCACACCGCGAUCUAACAAGACGCGAGGCCGUCCAAUGGCGCAAACUACAAACAGGCAGCUUUCCACACCCGCUUUUAUACAAUAAAAUCUUUCCACAACAGAUAGCACCCAGGUGCAAACACUGCUCAGCUCCAGGCACCCUCAUACCCAUGGUGUGGACAUGUACACACUACAACACAGACAACUUAAACACCCCAGAGACGUGGGAGUCCCUCCUGCGUUCGUCCGAGCCGGAAGACCAACGCCGGCUUAUCCAGCGCGCGGUGGAGGCCGCGACAUCCCAAGGGAUCGCCGCCGACCUCCUCUAAGCGAGCGCAACCGGUCCUGGGACUGGUCCCCUCUGUUUAUGGGAGAAAUAAAGAGUUCACCA